ACUACCACCAUCCUUUUUAAACGGGACAACAUGGCUACUGCAGCGAGCCGUUACUACAGCGAGGACGGCCGGGCAACGAAACGACAGAAAACCGACGGAAUGGCCACGGGAUACGAAGACCCACACAAGACCCUUCCAUCAGUUGUGGUGCAUGUCCGGGGACUGGUGGACGGCGUUACAGAGGCUGAUCUGGUCGAGGCCCUGCAAGAAUUUGGAGCAAUCAGCUAUGUGGUAGUGAUGCCCAAGAAGCGGCAGGCGCUGGUGGAGUACGAAGACUUGAACGGGUCUUCCACAUCCGUGACCUAUGCUGCAGACAACCAAGUAUACAUCGCCGGCCACCCGGCUUUCAUCAACUACUCCACGAGCCAGAAGAUCUCCAGGCCGGGAGACUCCGAUGACUCUAGAAGUGUCAACAAUGUUCUCCUUCUCACCAUCAUGAACCCCAUCUACCCCAUCACCUCGGACGUCCUCUACACCAUCUGCAACAACUGUGGGCCUGUUCAAAGAAUCGUUAUCUUCAGGAAGAAUGGUGUCCAAGCGAUGGUUGAGUUUGACUCCGUGCAAAGUGCCCAGCGGGCCAAGGCGUCGCUCAACGGAGCAGAUAUCUACUCUGGCUGCUGCACACUGAAGAUCGAGUACGCAAAGCCCACUCGACUGAAUGUGUUCAAGAACGACCAAGACACCUGGGACUACACCAACCCCAACCUCGGAGGCCCAGACGGUGAUGGAGAUGGCAAUGGGAGCAAUUCAGAGGAUGUCAAUGCCAAUCCCAACAAGCGCCAGAGACAGCCUGCUUUGUUGGGCGACCACCCUCCAGAGUACGGUGGUGGCUACCACGGCUACGAUGAGAACUACGGUUCCCCGCCCUACGAGGGUCGCCGCAUGGGUCCACCAAUGAGGGGUCGUGGAGGCAGAAGCUACGGGCCGAGCUACGGGCCUCCUCCCCCUCCUCCUGGCGAGUACGGUGGCCAUGCUGAGUCUCCAGUUGUCAUGUUAUAUGGCUUGGAGCCUGUCAAGAUGAACGCCGACCGCGUCUUCAACAUCUUUUGCCUUUAUGGCAACGUGGAGAGGGUGAAGUUCAUGAAGAGUAAGCCCGGAGCAGCCAUGGUGGAAAUGGGAGACUGCUAUGCAGUGGACCGCUCCAUCACUCACCUCAACAACAACUUUCUCUUUGGACAGAGACUGAAUGUGUGCGUGUCCAAGCAGCAAGCCAUUGUACCUGGUCAGUGCUAUGAGCUGGAAGACGGAUCGAGCAGUUUCAAGGACUUCCACGGCUCCCGAAACAACCGGUUCACAUCGCCGGAGCAGGCGGCCAAAAACCGCAUCCAGCACCCGAGCAACGUGUUGCACUUCUUCAACGCCCAGCCAGACGUCACGCCAGAGAUUUUCAAUCAGAUUUGUGAGGAGCUCGGUGUCAAGACCCCCGUCAACGUCAAAAUGUUCACUGGAAAGAGUGGCGCAGCCCCCAGCGACCGCAGUGCCUCCGGUCUGCUGGAGUGGGAGUCGAUCAAUGAUGCCAUGGAGGCCCUGGCCUUGAUAAACCACUUCCAGAUGAAAAAUGCAGGUACGGCCGGUCCUUACCCGUACACCCUCAAGCUUUGCUUCUCCACCGUUCAGCACGCCAACUGAGCGCACCCUCGGAGCCAGGAAGACGAAGAUUGGCCCACCAUUCCCACGUUCACAUGUACUUAGACCACGACUGCUUGUAACACGCCUGGAGGAAUUAGAUUUUCAAAAACGCUUUAAAAAAUCCUGUGGCACAUCUUCAUAAUGCAUUUGACUCCUAAAGUGGAAACUCUUCUAUUAAGCAGAUCUAAGGAAUGCUAACGGGCAUAAAAACAAGUCUUGAUAUUUAUGCCAAAGAUGUGAGUAGAGUAUCAGUACGUGUGUCUUCAAUAUUAAGUUGUCCUUUUUACUUUUUGUAUUAUGCUUCUACAGUGACAUGAAAGUGUUUAAACGAUUUGGUUUUAUUAUCUGGUGUUUCAGCGGCAGUGGACAACGUGCUUUUGUAAGAGUUGUCUUUUGGAACUUUUAUUAUUAUUAUUAUAGCUUACCUUUUUUCUUUCCUUUUGUCUGAUUGAUGCCCAUUCAGUUCUGCGUUUCAGUGUCACAUAUAGAGAUGGAGAAUUGUUUUGUUCUAAAAAAAAUAAAAAACCUAAAUCAA